CUGUGUAUAAAUAGAUCAAGGAGAGUUGGGUUGACACUCAAACUCGAGGAGCUGGGACGCAGGGAAGAUGCCCGCAUCGCAAACUGGACUUGGCAGCUUUUUCUUGGAGCGUAACGUCAGCAUGCCGACUGGAUAUCAGAUCCCGGUGCUGGGGUGCCCGCCGGUGCAACAGCAGCAGGCUCAGCAUCUGGCAGCGAUGGCAGCUGGAGUUCCAAUAACGUACUCAGGACUACAGGGAUACAACUUCAUCCCUUAUCCACAUCACAGGCACAUCACACACAUGAGCAACGGUUUCGACUUGAAGGCCGCCUCUCCCUAUCAUCACGCGCUCCUGGCUCGUGGAGGGGCUUUCUACCCACCGUACCGCCCCGGAGCAGCCGAGGACCCCGGCAGGGUCGCCAAAGUGGCCACGCGGGAGAGCACCGGAGCGCUGAAGGCCUGGUUAAACGAGCACCUGAAGAACCCGUAUCCCACCAAGGGCGAGAAGAUCAUGCUCGCCAUCAUCACCAAAAUGAGCCUGACGCAGGUCUCCACCUGGUUCGCCAACGCGCGGCGCCGCCUGAAGAAGGAGAACAGGGUGAGCUGGGCGUGUAAGGGCAAAUCAGAUGAAGAGGAGGAUGAUGAGCAGGAGGGGGAGAGCGACGAUGCAGACAGCUCCAUGCAGAACUGUCACCUGGAUGAGGCGGACGAGGAGGAGCCGCAAAGUGACCGCGCAGACACAGAUGAGCGCGUCACGGAGAGCGCGUUGGAGAGCUCUGCGUCUGUGGAGGCGCGUUUGGAGAUGCCGCAGCAGCCGAGCAGCCAGCAGGAGGACAGAGGACUUGCACUUGUCAAGAAGGUUGAAAAGAGUGACUCUGAUCACACACUGUCCGCUCUGGAGAGCAAAGAAAACAUCAGCAGCCAGAAACCCAAAAUCUGGUCUUUGGCUGAGACCGCCACCUCAGAGACUGUGAGGAAACCUCUGGACAGUUUUUACCACCCGGCCGGGAAACUGUGGGCAGAGUGGGCCUCCAGGAACGGACUGUUUGUUCCGCCAUGUUACACCACUCAUGAAAUAGUCUAAGCGGGUGUUUGGACACAAAUUCAAAGACUCUUAAUUCUUCCACAUCUUUUUGCACUUUAAACUUUCAAACCUCAGGGAUUCAGUUGGUCCUGAAGUUUGCAGUGAAAUGAAAAUUGAGACCAAAGACUGAAACGUGUUACUGUAAAUAAAUGUAGAUGUAUUUUUCCACCACCGACGUGUAAAUUAUGUUUCCUUUGUCUAUUCAUGAAGAAAUAUUUUUGCUUAAAUAAAGUUCAGCGGAAUCCUGA